AUGCCAUUACUGAUUAUCUUCUUAGUAGCUUUGCUGCUGGCUUUCGUGGCCUAUUUGGGCUACGUUAUACAUAAAAAGGGCAUCAGUCACAUGGAAUUGCGCGUGCACAGCUUGCAUGAUGCAAAGAAGUUGCUUUCACUACCUACAAGUUCUACCCCGCAACGCUAUUUGGCCAAGACGGCUUGA